GUUGACAAUUCAAACUGCAUCAGGCUUUAAAGAACUUAGGGAAAUCGAAUUUGGAAUCAUUCAUAUUGAAAAUCACAUCAGUCAUUGGCUCAAAAUUGGCUCGAGGAAAGGUUGGUCACACAUUGAUGUGAGACAAGCAUUCAAAUAUUUGGGCAACCAGAAUUUGAUGACGCUAGAUCUGUGACUGAUAAUCUUUACUCCAUACAUAACGAGGAUUGAAACUGAAAACAGACACUGUUGAAAAUAAAUGGCAAAUAUCACGGUAGCCAAUUCAUCGCUGGAAGACCUGGACUACAAGCCCUAUCUCACCACACUAUACGUGUCAGCUUUCCUUCUCUCACUCUUCUCCCCUAUCACAGUGGUUAGCAAUACUCUCCUCUUGAUGGCAAUCUACAGAGAUCCUUUUAAAUCCUUUCGGACACCAGUCACUUACUUUAUUAUAAGUUUGGCACUUGUUGACCUCGUGACAGGUCUGAUUGUUGAGCCUCUCUUCGCCGUCUACUACUUCGCUUGCCAUUUCUACCAAACGUUCCGUCCAGGCAAGCAAUUUGAAUACCUGUUCACUACAAGCGCAUUCCUGUCCGUUAUAAUGCUAAGCUCUUCGUUUUUUCUGGUCCUGGCUUUAACUACAACCCAAUACAUUGCCAUCACCUUCCCUCAUAGAUACAAGGUGCUAUUCACCAAGAGGCGGGUUCUUGUUGCAGUGUGUUGUCAUUUUGUCUAUUUCGCCAUCUUCAGCUCCUUGCAGUAUACGAAAAUCCCAACAGAUACCUAUUUGAGGAUAAAUCUUCACCUUCACCCAACUGUUGUUGGCGUCCUACUGACUGUGGCGCACAUUUUCCUGUACAGAUCAUUCCGAAGGUUUUCCCAAAGGUCUAAGGCGUUCCGCGAGCGAAGUUCUUUGAGUCGAUCCAUGCAUCAGUGCUCAGAAGGGGCACAAGGCAGUAAGAACGAAGCAAAACAUCAGAAGCAACUAACGGUUGUGGCGCUCAUGUUAUCUGCCCUGCUACUUUUGUGUUCCUUUCCACACAUCGUCUCAUUUUACAUUUACCUCUAUACCAAGCCUAUGUCGUGGGACUUUCUGCUCAAGAUCAGCAUUGCUCUUCGUGUGAGCGACGUGAUCAUGUUCUUUAAGGUUGCCCUAGAUGCUUAUAUUUACGCAUGGAGACAUCCCAAAUACAGGAAAGCAGUAAAAGAUGCAUUACUGUGUUAUAGAAGCCGAGAAGCUGUCACAAGAGACAGAGAGACAGAGCAUGAGAUGAUCGCUACCGGAUAUUGAAUAUUUGUUGUGAUGGCCAAUUCUCUUGUUUGUCCUGGUUGAGUUGUUAAGGAAAGAUAAGACAGUUUUUUCAAGGAUGGAAAGAAACUGGCUUGCCAGCUGACCCGGUGGGACGUCUAAUGUUACUUCCUAUUUUCCAUAACAACGAUCUGUAUAUUGGAAUUUGUAUCCUUGACUCGGACUGAUGACUUCCGCUCAGGUUGUCGAAACGUCAGUCACCACUACCGACAACAGUCCUUCUCAGGACUACACUCACCCGGACGAUCAAACUACACUAUUACAUGCUACCCCCGGGUUCAAACCAUUUACCGGAAUUUGUUUAGGUAAUCACAUGAUUUCUCGUGCAAUUUUGACAUUGUGUGCUCGGUCAAAACAACCGUGUACCAUCAAAACAAUAAUAUACAAUGAUAUCUUCACCUCUUUAAGGCGCAAAAAAAGUUCAAAGUCCGCCUAAACAGUUCAAGGAAUUGUUGAGUCUGUGUCCGAAUCAGUUUCGAUGAAAUGAAAUCGUCGUUCUCGAUGUUUAACCAUGUUUGUUUUUAAUUUCGGCGUUGGAUCGCUCGAGCAAAGUGUUAAGCUGGAUCGAUGCGCAAUUUUCGAUUUCCUUGGCAAUUCCCUUCCCUAAACACCACUCUCUCCAAACCGACAACCAAAAAGCAGUACCUUUUACAAUGUUUUUGUUGUUUGAGCUUUUUUUCAGCCGCGGUGGCGAAAGAAAACCUACCUAAAACGCCGACCAUUGUUUCGCUCGCAAUUUUUCAAAUUUUCAAAUUUUGUUGCGACGUCUAAGGCUCGCAUUUGAUUGGCUGUCUGUGAGUUUCUUUGAUUAUUGACUAAUCAGAAUGUCUGAUUAAUUACUUUCUUUGCACUAAAUUAACCCUCUUCUGCUCUGAAUUACCUUAAAACUGCAUUUAUGUUAACCAAUCAGAACUGAGUAAUUUUUUCAUGUACAUUAUUAAAAUAUAAAAUGUAAAAAAAUUCAGAUGCUUACCACACUUAUUACGCUACUUUAUCUUGGAAGCAUGUCCUUGGAACUACGAAGAGAAUAGUGGAUGAGAUUCGGCACGUCAUUCAAUACCACAAUUCUUCUACAAUUCCACCAGGGCGGUAAAUUGAUUAUGAAAUAUUUAACAAAGUAAAUAAGAUCACAUAAAACACAUCUUUAAACUGUUUAGAAUUUUUUUUUUAACUUUUCAUUCCUUUAAUUCAAAUUGUAUGAACCUAAAAAUGACCUUAC